AUGGCAGCUGAUCUUGCAAAAAACCCUGUGUUUGUCGAGAGGCUGGGAAGCUUCUUUGAUGUCUACGAUUUAAACGAGGACAAGUACCUCACUAUCGAAGAGCUCCUGAAAUGUGGUAAAAGGAUGGGAGAGAUGUGUAAAGCUACACCUGCAGAAAAUAUGGCUAUGGAAAGAGGCUUGCAAGAGUUUUGGGGUGAAGUGGGUCUAACUCCUGGCAAAAAGCUUACAAAAGAAGAGUUUAUCCAUGGAUUCAGCCGUCAUGCCCAAAAUGAACUCAGGCGAAAAGCUGAAAACAAGCCAACUCUACAUGAGAAGAUGAACAACGCGUUUUUCGACGUAUGUGACAUCAACAACGAUGGUACUGUUACUCUUGACGAAGCCAAGAUGAUCUUCAAAGCUUGGAAUCUGCCCGAGGAGGACGGAGCGGCCUGGUUUGAAGCUUCUGACAUCAACAAAAAUGGCAAGGUUGAGCGAGAUGAGCUGAACAAAUCGGAGUUUAACUACUUUCAUCGUCCAGAUUUGCCCUCUACUGAAAACUUUUACGCCNAUCUCAAACUGUAUUUUCAAGAUGUUCUAUAA